CCGGCUUCCGCUCUCUGGGGUGUGCUGCUGUUGAUCUUCCGGCAGGCGGCCCGCCGGACCCCCGACCUUCUUCACGGUCGGCUUUGGGCUGAGUGUUCUUCCCGAAAUGAGUUUGGUGAUUAAGAAUCUGCAGCGGGUGGUCCCCAUCAGAAGAGUGCCACUUCGCAGGAAGAUGGAUUUAGUCAGGAGUAUCUUAGGAGUGAAGAAAUUUGACCUGGGGAUCAUCUGUGUUGACAACAAGACUAUUCAGAACAUAAAUAGGAUCUACAGGAAUAAAAAUGUCCCAACUGACGUGCUUUCUUUCCCAUUUUAUGAGAAUCUGAAAGCAGGCGAAUUUCCUCAGCCACACUCACCAGAUGAUUAUAAUUUGGGAGACAUUUUCCUAGGGGUGGAGUACAUUCUCCAGCAUUGCAGAGAACGUGAGGAUUACUGUGAUGUCCUGAUGGUGACAGCCACCCAUGGACUCUGUCACCUGCUGGGCUUCACCCACAGCUCCGAGGCCGAGUGGCAAAAGUGGAUCUCUGCUGGUCCUGGUACCCUGGAGGGCCUCAGCCCACACUACAGCUUCAUUCUGUGAGUGGACCAAGUACCAAGGACGUGCCUGUCAGCCCUUACUCUGAUUAGAAAUCUAUGCGGACUCUAUUAUAAGCAGAAUCAGGCAUUCUAAGAGAAGAAACAUGGACAUUCUUGUGCUUCUUUGAGUUUCUAGCUGUAGAGUCUGGGCAGAUUGCCUUGUUUCCCUCAAGUGGAAGGAGCGUGCCAGAACACUGAAAUCUGUUCUUCCUAAGAGGAUAGGCGCCUGCAGACCAGCAAGCCCAAAAGGACAAGGUUCUCAACCAGGCACUCUGAGACCUGAACCUCGCUUUCUUCACUCCUGAGAGCCACCUUGUGCCCUCGCCUUUCUUAAGCUGUUAGCUGCAGACACCACGAGACAGCCCACAGACCUUGUCUCCUGGGGCCAGAGAGUCAGGAGUGUCCCCCAUCUGUGUUGCUGUUUGUAAUUGUUUUAGAUGACAUUUAUUUUAUUUGGAGCCAGGCAAUGGUGGCGCACACCUUUGAUC